CUUACGCCUUCUGUUGGCUUGAGCUGCUACCAUACCGACGUCAGUGACUGAUUGUAUUUUAGGGUGAAGAUGGCGGAGGCAGCUGCGGCACAACACCGCUUUUUCUGUCACUGCUGUAAAGGUGAAAUCGACCCUAAAUUCCCAGAAUUCACUUGCCCCAGGUGUGAGUCCGAUUUCAUCGAGGAGUUGUCAGAAGACUCCAGUCUCUUGGAGAACAGCAGCACUGCAGAGGCCAAUGAUGAUGCAGGCACACUCUUUUCAGAGCUGUGGCAGCUGCUGUUUAUGGAACGCUCUGCCCUCCUCUCGGACCCCUCCGCCUAUGAGUCUGACCAGAGCCAACUGCAGGCUGCCCCUGCCUGUGAUGCAGUGGAGGACGAACUGGAGGGCCCUUCUGUGGACCCUGUGGGACGCACAGAGCCUUUGGAGCCUGAACCGGAACGCCCCUCUCGCCCGCCUAGCCAGGGGAGUCGACAGUCCCGUGCGCCAGCAGUGGAGGGUAUUGUGCAGCAGUUUUUGGCUGGCCUGUUUGCCAACAAUGGAAAUCCAGGUGUCGCACCAGCUGCACUGUCUGGCAUGUUCCAUUCAAAUCCAGGGGACUAUGCCUGGGGUCAGGGAGGUCUAGACGCAGUUAUCACAGAGUUGUUAGGUCAGUUUGAGUGCACAGGUCCACCUCCUGCAGAAAAGGAGAUGAUCUCAUCCCUCCCCACAGUCAACAUCUCUCAAGAACAGACAGACACAAGACUGGAGUGUCCAGUAUGUAGGGAGGAGUACUCCGUGGGAGAGUCUGUCAAACAGCUGCCCUGCCUCCAUUAUUUCCACAGUGACUGCAUAGUGCCAUGGCUCAAACUGCACGAUACCUGUCCUGUGUGUCGUAAAAGUCUUGACGGCGUCGACCAGAGCAUCCAGCCCCCACCAGAACCCCCAGAGCCCCCCUCCAUCAGGACAGACCCUCAGGGGGAGAGACGGGCUAUUUGAGAUCACUGUACAUUUCCUGGGGAACUUUGAUUGGGGUGAGAAAGAUCCAAUAUGCCUGCAAUAUAACCUCACCUGCAAAUGGUUCCAACUGUUUUCUGACAAAAUGUUAUGGAUUCAAUUUGCCCCCUUCGCAGAGGCAUUUCACCUGUUCUGAAUGUCUAUUAAAAACAAAUGAACUGACAUCAUUGAGCCAUAGGGACGUGACAAAUGUUAUGACAUUAGGAGAGGUUGGGAAAAUCCUGAAAGGUGAGCUGAACUCACUCUCUUGCAUUGUUGAUCUGGAUAAGAGAAUUUCCCUACUCUGUUCUCUCUGACCUCUUUGGUUGCAUCGCAAUAAUCUCUGCUUUCUCCUGAAGGGUGUACUUGUUCACUUCAUGGAUUUGAAAGGAAAUUACUGGUAUAUGGAAACUCCUAGGCCAUGCCUAAACCAAUCCAAAGCUUUUACAUUUGAGUAGUGAACGAAUGCAAACUUCGGGAGGAAGGAGAGGUUGUUGGGAAUGCAACCACAGGGAGAAUCUCAAUUGCAUACUUGCGUCCUCUCUACUUCUCAAAAUCCAUUGGAGGAGAGGAUCAGAGGGGCGGGAUCUUUGGCUUUCUCUUCCAAUGGGUUGCAAUUGGGUAUGCAAUUGAAACUCUCCCACGUCUCCCACUUCCACAUAUUAGUUAAUAAUGUCCACCUCUCUUUAUGUCCCCUAUUAAAAGCCUAAUGUUGUGUUCUUCACACUAUCCACCUACUUCCUGUUACAACAUUAUGCACUUUCCUAAUGCAUUAGUCUUUUACCUCUUUCUAUCAUUUUAUUUUGAAUGAUAAGUACAAGUCACAGCAAAAAAAACAACAUGUUUUUAAAAUUGAAUAUUUAAUAUUGAUUUGCCUAUAUGUGUAUUGGUAUGUACACUGAUCAAAAAAAUAAAGGGAACACUUAAACAACACAAUGUAACUCCAAGUCAAACACACGUCUGUGAAAUCAAACUGUCCACUUAGGAAGCAACACUGAUUGACAAUAAAUGUCACAUGCUGUUGUGCAAAUGGAAUAGACAACAGGUGGAAAUUAUAGGCAAUUAGCAAGACACCCCCAAUAAAGGAGUGGCUCUGCAGGUGGUGACCACAGACCACUUCUCAGUUCCUAUGCUUCCUGGCUGAUGUUUUGGUCACUUUUGAAUGCUGGCGGUGCUUUCACUCUAGUGGUAGCAUGAGACGGAGUCUACAACCCACACAAGUGGCUCAGGUAGUGCAGCUCAUCCAGGAUGGCAAAUCAAUGUGAGCUGUGGCAAGAAGGUUUGCUGUGUCUGUCAGCGUAAUGUCCAGAGCAUGGAGGCGCUACCAGGAGACAGGCCAGUACAUCAGGAGACGUGGAGGAGGCCGUAGGAGGGCAACAACCCAGCAGCAGGACCGCUACCUCCGCCUUUGUGCAAAGAGUAGCACUGCCAGAGCCCUGCAAAAUGACCUCCAGCAGGCCACAAAUGUGCAUGUGUAUGCUCAAAUGGUCAGAAACAGACUCCAUGAGGGUGGUAUGAGGGCCCGACGUCCACAGGUGGGGGUUGUGCUUACAGCCCAACACCAUGCAGGACGUUUGGCAUUUGCCAGAGAACACCAAGAUUGGCAAAUUCGCCACACUGAGCACGUGACAGAGUCUGGAGACGCCGUGGAGAACGUUCUGCUGCCUGCAACAUCCUCCAGCAUAACCAGUUUGGCGGUGGGUCAGUCAUGGUGUGGGGUGGCAUUUCUUUGGGGGGCCGCACAGCCCUCCAUGUGCUCGCCAGAGGUAGCCUGACUGCCAUUAGGUACCAAGAUGAGAUCCUCAGACCCCUUGUGAGACCAUAUGCUGGUGCGGUUGGCCCUGGGUUCCUCCUGGGUUCUUCCUAAUGCAAGACAAUGCUAAACCUCAUGUGGCUGGAGUGUGUCAGCAGUUCCUGCAAAAGGAAGGCAUUGAUGCUAUGGACUGGCCCGUCCCGUUCCACAGUCCUGAAUCCAAUUGAGCACAUCUGGGACAUCAUGUCUCGCUCCAUCCACCAACGCCACGUUGCACCACAGACUGUCCAGGAGUUGGCGGAUGCUUUAGUCCAGGUCUGGGAGGAGAUCCCUCAGGAGACCAUCCGCCACCUCAUCAGGAGCAUGCCCAGGCAUUGUAGGGAGGUCAUACAGGCACGUGGAGGCCACACACACUGCUGAGCCUCAUUUUGACUUGUUUUAAGGACGUUACAUCAAAGUUGGAUCAGCCUGUAGUGUGGUUUUCCACUUUAAUUUUGAGUGUGACUCCAAAUCCAGACCUCCAUGGGUUGAUAAAUUUGAUUUCCAUUGAUAAUUUUUGUGAUUUUUGUUGUCAGCACAUUCAACUAUGUAAAGAAAAAAGUAUUUAAUAAAAAUAUUUCAUUCA